AUGAACGAUUAUUCACAAGAUAUUAAACAACAAAACGCAAAUAGAGAAAAUAUUUGCUUUCCUAUUAAGGAUUUUGAUGAAUUCAACAACGGCGCAUUAUAUUUGCAUAAUCUUCUUCAACAUAUAUUUAAUGGCAAUAUAGGAGCUCCGGUUCUUGAAAAGUUACAAACCGGAGCUAAAGUUCUACAAUUUGGUUGUGAAGCUGGCAUUUGGAUUGACGAAGUUUCUACGGAGUAUCCAAAUACCGAAUUUUAUGCAGUUGGUUUUAUUCAACGAGAAGAAUCUAGUGAAAAUGUUAAAUUCAUUGAAUUUGAUGUCCAUAAAAUACAACCACUGCCAUUUCCCGAUGAUGAAUUUGAUUUAGUUUUUACCCGAGAUCACAACUGUUUCUUUAGAGAAGAAUGUUUUCAAGAAUAUUUAACUGAGCUCUUCAGAGUAUUGAAGCCAGGAGGUUAUUUGGAGGUUGGAUAUCAAUUUAAUCAUGAUGUUAUUAUUGGGCCAUCCUUUACGCGACUGAAUGAAGCAUGGACAUCGUGGUUUACGGCAAAUGGCAUUAAUAAUGAUUUCAUAUUACAUUUUGAAGAUUAUCUUGAAAAGACUGGGAAAGCUGAUUCUAUUACGCAUCAAAUAGGAAACAUUCCGGUUGGAGAUAAUAGUUGUGAUGAGUAUUAUAAUGAUAUGGCUUUAUACUAUUUUAAAAGUGUAAAAGAAGUUAUGGCACCUUUUAUGGGAAUGUCACUUAAAGAAUAUGAUGAAUUGAUAAACGAGAUUGAAAAAGAAUUUAAGGGUUGUGGCAAAGUAAAUUUCAAACAAAAAAGAGUAUUUGCAAGAAAGAAGUAA